AGGAUGGGGCGGAUAAACCAUUUGACAGUUUGUAGCUAACCAGUCACCGAGAUAUAGCUUUCUGUAAAUACUUUAGUUAUUAGGGCUGACUUUUGUUUUUGCUUUCGUCGAUUUCAACCUCAUCAUGACAUCCCUAGACGAAAGUAAUAAGGAAAAGCUGCGCUCUGUGUCUGUGGACUUAAACAAUGAUGCCUCUCUUCUCAUUGAUAUCCCUGAUGCUCUCUGUGAAAGGGACAAAGUCAAAUUCACAGUCCAUACAAAGACCACACUUAGCUGUUUCCAGAAGCCAGAAUUCUCUGUUCCAAGGCAGCAUGAAGACUUCAUCUGGCUCCAUGACACCCUGGUUGAAACUGAAGACUAUGCUGGCCUUAUAAUCCCACCAGCACCUCCAAAGCCUGAUUUUGAAAGCCCAAGAGAUAAGAUGCACAAACUGGGGGAAGGUGAAGCCACCAUGACCAAGGAGGAGUACACUAAAAUGAAGCAGGAGCUGGAGGCUGAAUACCUGGCUGUGUUCAAAAAAACUGUCCAAGUUCAUGAAGUCUUCCUGCAGAGAUUGUCGUCUCACCCAAAUUUAAGCAAAGACAGAAACUUCCAGAUUUUCUUAGAGUAUGACCAGGAUCUCAGUGUGAGGAGAAAAAAUGCCAAGGAAAUGUUUGGAGGGUUCUUUAAAAACAUGGUAAAGUCAGCUGACGAGGUUCUCAUCUCAGGAGUAAAGGAAGUGGAUGACUUUUUUGAGCAGGAGAAAACAUUCUUGCUUGACUACUACAGCAAGAUAAAAGAUUCCACCGUCAAAGCAGAGAAAAUGACCCGUUCACACAAAAAUAUUGCUGAUGAUUACAUUCACAUUUCUGCCACUUUGAACAGUGUCUCUGCUGAUGAUAGUACAGCCAAUAAGAAGACCAUGGAGAAGUUUUCAGAGCUCUUUGAGAAGCUCAGAAAAGUGGAGGGAAGAGUAGCAUCUGACCAGGAGCUGAAACUCACAGAGCUGCUAAGAUACUACAUGAGGGACAUCCAGGCUGCUAAGGACCUUCUAUACAGACGAGCCCGGGCACUGGCUGACUAUGAGAACUCUAACAAGGCUUUGGAUAAGGCCCGACUGAAGAGUAAAGACAUUCCCCAGGCAGAGGAAAACCAGCAGCACUGCCUGCAGAAGUUUGACAAGCUCUCAGAAUCUGGGAAGAAAGAACUGACAAGUUUCAAGGGCAGACGCGUUGUGGCCUUCAGAAAGAACCUCAUUGAAAUGGCGGAGCUUGAGAUAAAACAUGCCAAGAACAACGUGUCUUUCUUGCAAGGAUGCAUUGAGCUGCUCAAGAGCAACUGACCUGUUUUCAAGUAUUCAUGUCCCGUCAUCACUAAGUGACCAGUCAUUGCAAAUGGAAACCUGGCUUCCCAGGUAUCUUGCAUGGACAUGACUCCAAGGUGCAUCUUUUCUCCCACCUGGAUCUGAUGCCACUUUAAAACCCUGAGCAAGAUAGAGUAUCUUCUAAGCACACAGCCUUCAUGUUUACCCUGUCCCUGUCCUUUGCUUUUGUUCCAUCCAUUUCCAUUAUAUGGAGGUUUAGUUUGAUGUGGUUGGCUCUAGAAAGCAAAAUUGUCAGCAUUAAAAUCUUCCAUAUUUAUACAGCACUAAUGGAUGUGGCAUGCACUUAGUGUACUUUUUGCCUUUUUCAUCACAUUUCUGCCUCCACUUUAGCUAAACGUCUCCUAUAUAUAUAUAUAUAUAUAUAUAUAUAUAUAUAUAUAUAUAUAUAUAUAUAUAUAUAUAUAUACCACUUUCUUUUUUUCUUAUUGUGCUUCAAGGGUUUUUUUUUUUUGUUUUGUUUUUUUUGUUGUUUACUAAUGAAAAUAUUUCAAAUAAGCAAAAUGAGUGCCUGAAAAAAUUCCUUUGCUCUACAUUCUGGGUCACUGAAAGUUGUGCAGUCAAACUGGUCCUAUUGUAAAAAUAAAAAGAUAAAAAAAAUUCUCAAAAUACCUGUAAUUCUCAUAAACUGGACAGCUGCAUUCCUCCUCUUAUUGUUUCUAAGAACUGGUCUCGUUUUGAAGAAUUGACUGAAAACUGUUCAGGCCAAUUAAUCCAGUAACAUGCUUAAAUUAGUUUUAGUGUUUUUGUAUCAGGAAAAAAAAAUCUACAUCUGCAACCCCACCCCCCUUCUUUUUGCGUGUGAACACUCACUGCCACGUGUGAUGUCUUAUGCAGCUGGCCACUUAUUCUUUCCUCUUUAUUUAAUUGAUUUUGUAAUUUUUGUCAUUUCCUUGUUACUGAUGAACUGUCGUGUAUCAGACCUGAUGUAUUUACCACAUCCUAUAAAUGGCUUGUUUGUUUUGAACAAAAAAGAUACCUUCUACAAUCAUGACCAAGCUCAGUGGAGUGUUACAAUGAAAUAUAGUUUUUUUUAAGAAAUUGAAUGUAUUUCUAAAAUAUUCCAACUGCAAAUUCUUUUUCAUAAUGCUUUUCUUACAAAACAAUUGCAUUUUAUAAAUUUGUAAUAACGGCAUUGAAUAAAUUCUACUUUCCCAAGAUUAA